AGUAACACACCAUCUCCCUCCCUUCCGCUCCAUUGUUUGAGGUUUUGGUGAAGGCAUCGACAGACACCACAUGUAACACUGGAACUGUCAAUGCUGUGGAGUAACAUUGACAUAGGGUAAAGGUGUGUGCAGGCACCACCUAUCAGUGCAGAAACAGGAUGUGAUGACACUGCGAUAGCGUCUCCCGUUUUCUGCCCAGCUUUGUGUUCGUGAGCGGGGACCCUCCCCCCCUCCCGCUCCAAGGACAGGACAUGUUUGAAGCAAAACCCCGGGCAGUGCAGAAGAAGGAGUCGAGCACUGAGACAGAUGAGGGGCUGGGCAGCAGUGGGAAGCAUUACGGCUCUCUGGGCUCCGGUUCGGCCGACUCCGGCUCUGUCUACCUGUCGGACAGCCAGGACUGGGUGGUGUCCCCUAGCUGCUCUCCAGAUGAAGCCCCCGGCCAGCACAGUGCCAUCUCCCCCCUGCUGGCCGAGGAGACCUUCCGCUACAUGACGUAUCUUGCCUUGGAGCCCUCUUCUUAUUCCCACCCCGGCUCUCAGAGCCUCUCCAAAGUCCUCAGUGCUGAUCGUGUGGAGCAGAUGGCCAAGACUUACAAUGAUAUCGAAGUGGUCUCACACCUUUUGGCUGAGCGGGACAGAGACUUGGAGCUGGCAGCUCGGAUUGGACAGUCACUCCUUCAGAGGAACCACCUGCUGCAGGAACGCAAUGAGGCCUUGGAGGAGCAGCUAGCACAGGCCCUGGACCAGGUUCACCAGCUGCAGCAUGAGCUCAGUAAGAAGGACGAGUUGUUGCGGAUCGUGGCCAGCGCCUCAGAGGAGAGUGAGACAGACUCCAGUGUGUCCACGCCGCUGCGGCAGCCUCAGACACCAGGGGGAACCACUGCCGCUGCAGCACUCAGCCAGCUGGAGUCUCUGCAGAACAAGCUGCAGGAGCUGGAGGAGGAGAAUCUGUUGCUGAGGUCUGAGGCAUGUCAACUGAAGACUGACACCAUCACCUAUGAGGAGAAGGAGCAGCAGCUAGUGAAUGACUGUGUCAAGGAGCUCCGUGAGUCCAAUAGCCAGAUGGUGUCUCUGACAGAUGAGCUGUCUCAGAAGAACGAGGAGCUGCUCAGACACCAGGAGGAAAUCGCUCAGCUGCUCUCUCAGAUUGUAGAGCUGCAACACAGAGUGAAGGAGUUGGCUCUGGAGAAAGAGGAGCUGAGGAUCCACCUGCAGGCGUCUAAAGAAGCUCAGAGACAACUCACAGCAGAGCUGGACGAGUUGGCGGACAGGAAUGCAGAGUGCGUAGAGAUGCUCCAUGAGUCCCAGGAGGAGAUCAAAGAACUCCGCAGUAAAAACACUCCCUCUGCUGGGAUGCGACGGCACCUUUCCUACGGCCUCUACCCCAUGGACUCUCUGGCAGCAGAAAUCGAAGGCACCAUGAGGAGAGAGCUGAGUGUAGAGGAGGAGACCGCCUUCAGGGACCAAAGAGUAUCCCAGAAGCGAGUCUUCCAAACGGUCCGCUCCAUCAACGCCUCAACAUCGCGGCCAGCCUCGGCCACUCCUCCUAUCCCCGGCUCAGGGCAGAGCUCUUUAGUGAUGACUGCACAGCCCUUCACAUCCACUCAGGGGUAUGUUACAACUAUUGCUGUCUUGCAGUUUCACUCGAGGACGACUUUUUGCCUUUUCGGCUCAAUAAAUGUGUGUGUAUGCAGGGAGGAGGUGCGAAUGGGCCAGCCCGGCUGUCCAGGAGGAAAUGACCUCACAAGAGCGCUCCACCGGCUGUCACUGCGACGGCAAAACUUCCUGUGCGAGCGUCAGUUCUUCCAGGCAGAGCGCGAGAGGAAGCUUCAGGCCUUGGCAGGGACGGAGGGAGACAGGGAAGGCAGCUGCUGCAGCUCACCGAUGGGCAGCGUGCUCUCCUCUUUCUCCAACCUGUCAGAGCUCUCCUUCAGCUCCAGCGUUUUUAAGACCUUCCUGCCUGAGAAGCUUCAGAUCGUCAAACCAAUGGAAGGUUCACUGACGCUCCAUCACUGGCAGCAGCUGGCCAAACCACACCUCGCCACCAUCUUGGACCCCCACCCUGGAGUAGUGACCAAAGGUUUCUGCCCACUGGCCCACGACGCCGUCUACCGCCUGUCUGACAUGGAGGAGGACGAGGAGGAUGAAGAGCACAGAGGUGCCUUGGAGAAGGGGGCGGCAGAGCGGGGUAAGGAAGAGGAGGAUGAGGAAGAGGAUGGCGGGAUCACCUUCAAGGUGCGCUGUUCAUCUACGCCAGAGGAGAGGAAAGACAGAAAGCAUUCGGUGACACCUCUCCCUGUCCCGCCUCCGUCACCCGCAAUGCCGCCAUCACCUGGGACGCCCGCCACUUCCUCAUCAGUUAGAUCGGACCUCUGUCUGACCCCCGCACCCCGACACAUCCCUGAGAAAUCCAGCGUAUCAUCUCAGCCCAUUCCAACAGCCUGUACGUCAGUGGUCCAAUCACAAAGUCAAAUCUGCAUGUCGACAUCAACAACAUCUUCCUCUGUCCAAAAUCCAGGAAAGUGUCAGAGCUCCACUUUCUCCACCUACACCUUCACCACAUGCCGCAUCCUGCACCCCAGUGACACCACACAGGUCACCCCAAGUUCUCGGUCGUCUCUGGCCAACACACCCAGCUCCAUGAGGACCGGUCCCAGCACUCCUGUGACUCCCUGCAGACUGAGUCUGGGUGACUCCUUUCCCCCUCGACGCCCUCCUGUGGCCACCAGUGGCCUGGCCAAGCUGGUCCUGGAGAGGGGCAUUUCUGCACAAGUCUCCACUGACACCCCCCCUCCAUCUCCAAAGCCCACACCCAGGCAACCUCUCUUCCACCUCCUCCCAAGCACGCCCCCUAACUCACCCUCCCACUCACCUGUUCCCUCCCCGGUGCCCCCCGAGUCCCGCCAGCACCCGGCUGACAAUUUCCUAGCAUCGCGGCCAGCGGAGCUUUUUCUCCAGGACGUUUACGGAUUAAAUCUAGGCCGUGCCCCACAUCCCGACUUACCAAGCCCCUCCCAGGAAACCCCAGCUUUUGUCCCAGCCCCUAAGUCAAGCAGAGUAAGGUCUGACCCAGUCAGCGUCGGCCUAGUGGAGAGGCUACGGCGUCUUGGAUUCACCAAGGUGCUCCAGGGUGCAGAGUCUGAGGCUCCAGCACCAUGGCAGGAUUCUUCUACGUUUGUGUCAGCUGGCGGGGGAAGUCUGUUGGAUGGCCUGAGGCGCAACCAGAGCCUCCCGGCCAUGAUCGGCGCCCGAGCAGGGAAGUCAGCUGGUCACCCUCCUCCUCACCCCACCUCCCUGGCCCUCCCCCCAACACCCUGGGGAAACCCCAAAGAGCGGCGCCGGAAACUUGCCUCUGUCUCCCAUGUCCCGUCAAGUACAACCAAACAUUGAGGGGGAAAAGGAGGAUGGAGUGGGAGGGUGCAAACUCCAGAACGAACCCCUCCUUUAUACCUCCACCCACCUUUUCCUCUCUCCUCCUCUCAGCCUUUGAAGAGAGGAGUCAGGGCAUCUGGCGGGCAGAACAAUCCCUCCUUUUUAUGACUUCAUUUUAAAGCACAAUUGAACUUAACUGACUGUUUUUAGCUAUACCGCAGUGUCUGUGUGUGUAGAUGUUUGCCAUGAUGCUAGUUGCUGAGGCCUUAGUCUGUCUCUGACUGGGUUAUUCAGCUCUCGCUGCCUUCUCAGUCAUUAAUUAGGUUCUGUAGUUGUCAUGUUAGGCUCUGGAUGAUAAGGUAGAGGUAGGUAGGUAGGUAGGUAACAAGAAAGUGAAUGAUGGUUUGUGGACGUGGAUUGGAAAAGAAGGAGUUAAGAUAAAGGUGUAGAAGGAAUGGAGGACGUGGGUUUUAUAAAGAAGAGAACGUAAGUAAAAGGCAAAGAGAGAAUGACUGAGCAUCCAGCGUUGCUAUUCCAAGGGCUUGUUCUGUAGUGGGUUUUAAAAGCUUUAGUCUGUAAUAAAGUAGUAUCAUGCUCGCCUGCCAUGCCCAUUAUACAACAAAUGGUUUUAUCUUCAAAUAAAAACAGUCACAAGAGAAAGGAUUCAACAUGCUUUUAUAACUUGAGGACUUGAAGUGCUAGCUGGCAUAAUAGCACACUGUCAAGCUAAUCUCGUAGUCAGACCGUGCCAUUAACAUGCCAGUAUUAUUAUUCGAAUGAUUUGACAGUAGUCCAUUGUUGCACGGGUGUCUGGUGACCGUCCAUGUGCCGUGCCCCUGUUCCCGCCUCUCGCAAGCGUCCGCAUGACUUGUCAACCUUGCCUGCAGGUCCCAGCAUGCACCUGUCAGCAGACAGGUGGGGCCAGGCUGAAGCCACUGGGCAAGAAAAAAUGGGUCUGCCUUUUUCCUUCAGGUCCUUGUGUUUUGUGUGUUUUUAUGAGGCCUUACGUGGAAGCCAGCACUGUUAAUGAUUUAUGUUCAUGUGAAGCCAUGUUUGUAUAUAUAAGUUGCACUCAUUUGGAUUUGGAGGUUGGUUAAUUUAAGGAUCACUGCUUGGUCAAAAACAUUUCACCGUGGUCUUGGUAGGCCCUUAAAAGAACAUCUUAUCAUUUCAGUUUCCUUGUCUCAGGCCUGUGGGAUGUACGGGUUCAGAGGGAAAAGCCACUGACACAUUAUUUUAGUGGUAUGUCACAUGCAUAUGUGCACAUGUGGUUGUUUUCUGUGUUCAAAAUGUGUCUCGGGGUUGACGUAUGUGGUUCACACACUGGCCAGCAGGUGGAAGUGUUCCUUUAGGAAAGCUUAUCCAAAUUAAUUGAGUGCUGUUGUCCCUAACAUCCGUCAGUCCAAGCAGACCCUCCCACUAACCUACUGCGCUUUUUUAUUUAACUUUUAUUUAGCGACACAGAUAUCUGAAGUAUACAGAUUCUAACAUAUUAAAGAGAACAUUUAGCAUUAUGUGUGCCUGCUGUAACAACGCCAGCUAACAUUUUGACAUAAGCUUUUAAUAUAUGCAGCAUUAUUUUUUUGUUUUCCAAAUGUAGAGGCCCACAGAAGGGAAUCCAAAUUAAUCAAGUAAAGGAAUAAACGUGUGUACUGUAUGAUGCAUUUUGUGUUAAUUAGCUAUAACAUAUUUAACAAAUGAAGCUUCUGUGUAAUGUUUGUCGGAGUGGAGAGAAGAGGAAAGAAGGCACAUGCAGACUGUUCAUAUCUUUAGAUUUGUUGUAGUUGUCAUAUUUUCCAGUACAGCAGGAGGUUUGGGUUUGGGUCUUUUUUUGGCUAAAAUACAAAAUGUCCUGUGAUGACUUCUUGCCUCCCCUCCAAGAUCAUGAUCCUCUGUAAACUACUCAUGGCUAUUACUCAGUUGCCUCUUUUUUAAAAUAAAGCAAUGGAAACAAA